AUGAGUGCAGACUGUGUCCAGCUGGGAGGAGAACACUUUGUACCCCAUUGCUCUCCUGCCAUGAUAUUAAGCCCUUUCCUUGUAGCAGUAGUAGUAGUCUUUGCCAGUGCUGUCACUGGUUGCCCAGUUCUGUGCACAUGCCGCAGCCAGGCCGUGGAUUGCAGUGGACUACGACUGUUUUCAGUCCCACCAGAUCUUCCACUGGACACCAGAAACCUAAGCUUGGCUCACAACCACCUCACAAGCAUCCCUCCUGGAUACCUUACCUGCUACUUGGAGUUGAGAGUAUUGGAUUUGCGGAACAACUCCCUCGUUGAACUACCAGUUGGACUCUUUUUGACAUCCAAGCACCUUUCCCACUUGGACUUGAGCUACAAUAACUUGACUCAGGUGGUGGCUGAUAUGUUUCAGGAAGCCUACAGCCUGGUACAUGUUGACUUAAGUCACAACCCUUGGCUGAAGAAGAUAGACCCCCAAGCUUUCCGAGGCUUGGUCCAACUACGUGCACUUGAUCUCAGCUAUGGGGCUCUGUCUUUCCUUAGCCUUGAAGCCUUAGAAGGUCUCACAGGCCUGGUGACUCUUCAAAUUGGAGGCAAUCCCUGGAUAUGCGGUUGUACCAUGGAGCCACUGCUGAAGUGGUUGAGAAAUAGGAUCCAGAAAUGUAUGUCAGAUACCCAACUGGCAGAGUGCCGGGAGCCACCUGAAAUGGAGGGUGCUUCUUUGCUUUCCCUGACAGAGGAGAGCUUCAAGGCUUGCCACUUGACCUUGAGCCUGGAUGAUUAUCUCUUCAUUGCCUUUGUGGGCUUUGUGGUUUCCAUUGCUUCUGUUGCUACCAACUUCCUGCUGGGCAUCACUGCCAACUGCUGCCACCGUUGGAGCAAGGCAAGUGAGGAUGAGGAGAUGUAG